CUCCGGGUGGUCCAGCGCGAAAGCUCGUGUGCUCUGUUCGCGACGUAAGCUUGCACGGUACGUUUCGGCUACGUUCUGCGGUAAAUUUAGUUCGCCGACGUGAUUUACGUGAUUUUGCUACUCGUUAAUCGUUGUCGAUCGUCGAUCUAGCGUAAUCCGUGUGAUAUAAUACUCUGCGUGGUGCCAGAUUCUCGAUGCGGUACUCCCGACACCCUCGCAUUAACCUUCAUUAUUCUUGCUCCUCUGGUGUCUCCGCAUCAUCGAUCUGGUAACGUGAUUGAAUCUCGACGGGAAAUGAACUCGAAACAGUGAAACAGGCGGGAAUAAGGAAAACGGAAGCACAAAAAUAAGUAUCGGUGGCCGGAAACGGUUUUUAAUGCAGAUCAAAAGUGAUAUAAAAAUCGUGAGUUAAUGUAAGACAAUAUUGCCAGAGUGGUACGUUUAGGUCGAGGAAAUACAGAAUAGUCAGACGCAUUGCGGAGAACUAUAAGCCGUGGUAUAUUUGUGUGAUGAUUCGAUGUAUGACGAACGAGAAUUCGAAAGUGGAGCUCCGAUUCUGUGAUUCGGUUGCUGUCUUCGAGAUAUCUACGUAAAGAAGAGAACAGUCUCGCAGUUUCGUAGAAACCGGGACGAGAUAAAGAUUAAGAAGGGGGAAAACGUGGAUUCCCUCAAAUGAAAGAAGUAGCGUUCUUAGUCAACGUCAACCGAUAUCUGGGCGAUAAGUCAGUGAACUGAGUGGCCCUGCGAUUAUACUUAAAGAUCGAUCGGUUCGCCAGCCACCAUUUUUUCCCUACCCAUCGUUCAUCGAUUUUAAAGAUCGCGAGGCUGGAUUGUUCGACUGCAACAUGGACGCUCUGGAGUUGCAAGCAGCUCUUGUGAAGCUGGACCCAGCUACAACGGUAACGCCGAUCGGCAGCAACGUGAAAGUGAUGCCACCUCAUCACCGCAUAACGUUCGCCGUCGAUUUGGACCAAAACGAUCUGACGUUAGAAAAUACCGGAAUGCAGAACGACGGGAAGCCGAUGAACAACACGGCACACCAGACGAACAACGGCUCGAGAAAGUUGCACAAUUGUUCGAACCAGCUGACCGUACCAGGCCAUCAGAAUCAUCCCAGCAACCAGCAAAUAGAAAUGUCGAAGUGCGAGAUGGCUGAGGUCAGGUGACGCCAGCCUUGCUUCGACCUCAUCUUUUAUCAUACUUACCCGCCGCACAGGGGCAACAAGCAUCAUAAUAAGCAUCACGCUAAGGAGAAGAGACAUCAUAAUCAUCAUACAAU